CCGCGGCACGCAGCGCGCGCACCCGAGAUAUAUUCAAAUUAUAUUUUUUUAAUCCCCCCAAUCGAUUAUCUGUGUCGUGUUUGCGCGCGAAAAGUGACAGUGACGUAUUUCAUUUUUGAAUUUCGAAUUUCGACUUGUGCUGUUUUUGGUGACAUUUAUUUUUACAUCAAGAGGCGUUUUUCUGGAUACCUUCAUGACUGGUGAACAAAAUGGCGACACCUACGGAGUUACCAGCGGAACGAGUGAAGCAGAUGUUUAGCUGGACCACUGCAGAGACCUCGCCUCCGUCGCCGAACGGCGAUGCGAAGGACUCCAAGAUGAGUCAGAUCCAGUUCUCAAAACCAUUUGACAAACAAGAGAACGCGUGGCACAAACAGCAGAACGCGGUGUGCGUUCGACAUGCGUUCAAGCACUACGGCUCUAACAAGCGACCCAACCAUGUGCUUAGCAACCUUAACAUGACCGUCGCUAAGGGGACCAUCUAUGGUCUCCUGGGUGCCUCGGGCUGCGGCAAGACCACGCUGCUGUCCUGCAUCGUGGGACGCCGCAAGAUGAACAGUGGCGAGAUCUGGGUGCUCGGCGGCAAGCCUGGGACUAAAGGCUCAGGCGUCCCAGGCAAGCGCGUGGGCUACAUGCCCCAGGAGAUCGCCCUGUACGGCGAGUUCACCAUCCGCGAGACCAUGAUGUACUUCGGCUGGAUCUUCGGCAUGGAGACCAGAGAGAUCGUGGAGCGGCUGCGGUUCCUGCUCGAGUUCCUCGACCUGCCCAGUGAGAACCGCAUGGUGAAGAAUCUCAGUGGCGGCCAACAGCGCCGCGUCUCCUUCGCCGUCGCCCUCAUGCACGAUCCGGAGCUGCUCAUCCUCGACGAGCCGACAGUGGGCGUGGACCCGCUGCUGCGUCAGUCCAUCUGGACGCAUCUCGUCCGCAUCACCAGCUCGGGGGACAAGACUGUCAUCAUCACCACCCAUUAUAUUGAGGAGGCGCGGCAGGCGCAUUGUAUCGGUCUGAUGCGUAGCGGCCGCCUGUUAGCCGAGGAGUCUCCUCAGGCGCUCCUCACGAUGUACAACUGUAUAUCGCUGGAGGAUGUCUUCCUCAAGCUGUCGAGAAAGCAAGGUCAAGCAAACCAGGUGGUAGAGCUGAACGUGUCCGGCGGAGGCCUAGGGCUGAACAAGCUGUCCAAGCGCGAGGAGGCACCGUACGCCACUGACGACCCUCAAGCCAAGGGGCUGUACUUCUGUCAGAGCAAGGAGGUGCUCAUCACGGAAGGCGCGCAGUCUAAUGGCGACCUCCCCGGAAAACUGAACCAACCUAAAGGACCACAAAUCGACAUCUGUGAAGAUCUUUUCAAUUUAACAUCGCGCGGCAAAAUAAAGGCGUUAAUCCAGAAAAACUUCCUCCGGAUGUGGCGUAACAUCGGCGUAAUGCUCUUCAUCUUCGUCCUACCUGUGAUGCAAGUCAUUCUGUUCUGUCUUGCCAUCGGCCGGGACCCUAGCGGGCUUAAACUGGCCAUAGUAAACAACGACGUAAACGUGAUCAACGGCCUCUGUCCCUACAACUCGUCCUGCUCCAUGAAGAACCUCUCCUGCCGCUACCUGGACCAUCUCCGGAACGCGUCCAUCAUCAAGGAAUACUACGCCGACUUGUCCUCGGCGCUGAACGCCGUGAGAGAAGGGGACGCGUGGGGCGCGAUAUACUUUAACGAGAAUUAUACGGAUUCUUUGGUGGCGAGAUUGGCUCUUGCGGACACGGCCGAUGAAGAGACGAUCGAAUCGUCAGAAGUGCAGGUGUGGCUGGACAUGUCCAACCAGCAGAUCGGACUCAUGCUCAACAGGGACAUACAGUUCUCGUACAGAGACUUCGCUAAGGACCUGCUGGCUACGUGCGACUACAACCCGAAGGUGGGAGACAUCCCGAUCGACUUCAAGGAGCCCAUUUAUGGCGACAACAACCCCUCUUUCACCGACUUCGUAGCCCCUGGGGUCAUUCUCACGAUCGUGUUCUUCCUCGCCGUGGCGCUGACCUCGUCUGCGCUGAUCGUGGAGCGCAUGGAGGGUCUGCUGGACCGCUCGUGGGUGGCGGGCGUGUCGCCCGGCGAGAUCCUGUUCUCGCACGUCGUCACGCAGUUCGUGGUGAUGGUCGGCCAGACCGCGCUGGUGCUCAUCUUCAUGAUCCUAGUGUUCGGGGUUAAGUGCAACGGGAAUAUCGCGUUGGUGGUCAUGCUCACGCUUCUGCAAGGUCUCUGCGGAAUGUGCUUCGGCUUCGUAAUAUCCGCCGCCUGCGAGCUCGAAAGGAACGCGAUCCAACUUGCCCUUGGCUCCUUUUACCCCACCCUCCUCUUGUCCGGCGUCAUUUGGCCCAUCGAGGGCAUGCCCUGGAUCCUCCGCUACGUAUCACUUUGCCUGCCCCUGACCCUAGCCACGACAUCCCUCAGAUCCAUUCUUACUAGAGGCUGGCCUUUAGCGGACCCUGAGGUCUAUAUGGGCUUUGUAUCAACCCUGAUUUGGAUCGCGAUGUUCCUAGUGGUCACGCUGACGAUAUUGAGAUUUAAGAGGGGUUAAGAGUGGGGAGAAGGGUUGUUAAGGGGAUGGAAUUAGUGAAGCAGUGAGAAUUAUUUACAAGUCUGUUUUCUUUGGUGUGUAAAGCUUAUAGCCACUUAGUUCUAACGAUAAAACUAAUGUAUCAUUAUGCUUUAUCACACCAUUUUAGCGCGAAGAAAUCUCAUGUUUAUUCUGAUUCGAAACAGUACCAUUUUUCCCCUGGUGGGACAUGGUGAUUUUUGCUUUUUUUACUGAAGCUACUAUGACUUCCAUAGUUAUGCUUACAACUAUAAUCCCACUUCUGAAGACUUGUUAGGCAGCUAAACAGUACAGAAACUUGUCAAAAUUUUUGAGUAUGAUUCUAAAGCUGUUUUUCGCCAAUUUUGUCCCCUGUCUAACGUCCCCUGGUUAUGCUCAGUAGUCACAAAGGUGUAGGGAGUGUGGGUUCCGUCCUGCCGAGUUCCGCCCGGAUGGCCUCAUACAGACGUUUUAAAUUUGAUUAAACUGUCAUAUAAUUUAGGUUUGACAUUUCUAUUUGACAAUUUUUAAAGACUUCCGUGGUUUAAGCUUAGGUUUAGUUUUUCAAACGUUUGUAUGGUGUCUUAAGAUGCUUUUACACUGGUAUAACGCACAAUUUCUGUAUGACGAAUGAACACUACAUUUUUGCCAUCUUAAAUGUUAUGUUUUGUUUUGUGUUGUAUAUCUAAUGUAAAAGUGCCUUUACUUUCUUGCUGAGCGGGUUAUAUUUGCUCAAUCCGAACAAACUGACUUAGUCCAUAGUGAAUGACUGUUAGUCAAAUGUAAAUAUUAGUAUUGUAUUUAUAAUUUAUCGAUAAGUACGUAGGUACUCUAGGUUUUCGGGAAUGUUAGCAAUAAUAAGUUAGUCUCGCUUGAAGGGUUUAAGGUUCCUUCAAACGGUCGGACUAUGGUGAAAUGUUCGAUCGUGUAGAGGGGGCAUUACGGGCUUAUUAAGAACUUCUGUUGAUACCUGAUUAAAAGUUACCAAUAGCAUAAGAUGGUGCCAUAGACAUAGUGAUUGUACCCCAAUUGGAUCUAUUUAUUCUUGCUUUAACAUGCCGCCAUGCGCCAUCUUUGACACAUAAAAAAAACAGUUUAAAAUUUGACAUGGACAAUGAUAGCUUUACAGUGUGAAUUAUUAAUGUAAUCUUAGUUUUAGUUGUACAGUAAGAUAGUUUAACAUUUUGUAUUGACUUGGAAGCCGACGUGUCAACUAAAAGAAAAAAAGUAUGCUUAAUACAUUUGAAAAGUUAAAUUUGGUUUUGACAGUUGAGACGUCAGUCGCCAUUUCUUAGCAGGUUUUGACAGUUGUGUGGUGUUGCAUGUGUAGAAAAUUCUAGUUUUUUUAGAUGUGAAACGGUUUAGGUUAAGCGCUUGUUUUGUACCGGCUUUAUGACUAGAAUAGACGUGUUAAGUGGCAGACUGUGAUUAUUUUUGCUAACAUUGACUUUUUUGUAAUGAUUAAAUAUAUAAUUAUACCGUACCAAACA